CCAGAAGAUUUGAGAAUUGAGAUACUUGCCCACUGGAUCAGACAGCGGUAUCACGACUUCACGAGCAAGCGGAGCACCGCACCCAACCCAAACCACCAAGCCGAACGCAGCCGCCAUCCAUUUCCGCACCACCGCAUCGUCCGCGCACGCCGCCGCCGUCAGUCACACGCACGCCGCACGCAUCCGGCACAGCACGCGCACGCCCCGCGGAAGCCCCGAGAUCCGACGAUCCGCCGGCCGCCGUCGACCGAGGUCGGGGAGCGAAGAUGGGCCGGAGAGGGGAGCCCUACUACGUCGAGGCGGCGCCGCCGGUGGACGUCAACAAGAACACCGAGUGGUUCAUGUACCCGGGCGUCUGGACCACCUACAUCCUGCUUCUCUUCUUCGCUUGGCUCCUCGUCCUCUCCGUCUCCGGCUGCUCCCCGGGGGCGGCCUGGACCGUCGUCAACCUCGCGCACUUCGCCAUCACUUAUCACUUCUUUCAUUGGAAGAAAGGAACACCGUUUGCUGCUGAUGACCAGGGCAUCUACAGCCGAUUGACAUGGUGGGAGCAAAUUGACAAUGGCCAGCAGCUUACUCGGAACAGAAAGUUUUUGACUGUGGUUCCUGUGGUUCUGUACCUGAUUGCAUCACACUUGACCGACUACAAGCAGCCAAUGUUUUUCCUCAACACAGUGGCAGUUUUCGUGCUGGUUGUGGCAAAGCUGCCAAAUAUGCACAAGGUCCGCAUAUUUGGAAUCAAUGCAGACAUCUGAGGGCCCCUUCAGGAAGUAUGCGGAUGUUUGCUUGCGCCAAGCUCUGAAAGAGGGACGUGGAACAAGUGAAUGCUUUGCAAAGGUGACUCAGUCGCCGCCUGUAAUAUCUGUGUAGGUGUAGAAAGAACUGUAAAUGUUACUCUAGCAUACAAAGUUUGCCUGCAGACUGAUGUGUGUUUGUUGUUGCAGCUUCUUCCUUUAGAGUUGGUUCACUGGAAGUGUAGUCUGUCAGUGCAAUGAACACAGCAGUAUGUGGAUAAGAAAAGAGUGUAGCAAAUGCUGUUUGCUGUCUUGUAUAGAAUGGAACCCUGAAAUCAGUGAAAUCAUCUUUCUGUGGGUAGCCCCAUGGAACUGCUA